GAGUCCCGAUGAUGAAAGUGUCUUGAUUGUCAGCACCUACAGCAAAGCCUUCUCACAGUCCUUUGAGAAUCUUCUGGAUGAUACAAACUAUGGCUUGGUACAGAAAUUCAAGAAAGAUCCUUAUACAACAACGCUGGGUGGCUUCUCCAAAGUCACAAACUACCUCUUUGACGCAUUUCGGGUGCCUGAAUUAGAAUGUCACCAGCGGCCUGCCGAGGAGGUGGCAGAUUUGUUGGGAGAACUCAUUCCUGGACUAGAGAUUAACCAGCAGGAAGAGCCUGGAUUUGAAGUCAUCACCAGACUUGAUCUGGGACCAAGGCCAGAGGUGCAAAGAAGGGGGCCAGCAACAAUGGAAGAAUGGGCAAAGUACCAGGACUCAGAGGGAAGAAUAACCAAUGUACCUCACUUAAAGGAUGUUAUAUUUAAAGGGGGUCUUUGCCAUGCGGUGAGGAGGGAGGCUUGGAAGUUUUUGCUCUGCUAUUUUCCAUGGAACAGCACUCAUGAAGAAAGGAAGCUCCUGCAAAAGAGAAAAACUGAUGAAUACUUCAGAAUGAAGCUUCAGUGGAAGUCAGUAAGCGAGGAGCAAGAAAGAAGAAACUCAAGGUUACGAGAUUAUAGGAGCCUUAUUGAAAAAGAUGUGAACCGAACUGACCGAAAUAACAAAUUUUACGAAGGCCUGGACAACCCUGGCUUGAUAUUACUACAUGACAUCCUGAUGACGUACUGCAUGUUUGACUUUGAUUUAGGGUAUGUGCAGGGCAUGAGUGAUCUGCUCUCUCCCAUCCUCUUUGUGAUGGAGAAUGAAGUGGAUGCCUUCUGGUGCUUUGUUUCCUUCAUGGAUGAAAUGCAUGAAAACUUUGAAGAGCAGAUGCAGGGGAUGAAGACCCAA